GAGUCUCCUCGGGCAGUGCGACGAUCAGUCGCGGAGUCGUCGCGGAUCUGCUUUUGUUGCAAUUUGGCGAAUGUCGCUGCUUACGCGCAGGUGCAUCACCAUUUCAAAUAUGAGGACAGCCCUGGCGAGUUCCGUUCAGGUUCACCAUUAUGCAGUUUCUGCCUGCCGGUUUGGCAGGACGGCGACGCUCAGCGGCGCCCUGUCUGCAGCACUUCGAGUGCCAUGUACAAUUUGAUGCCUCGUUUUGCCGCGAGGUCGGCAUCCUGGCCAGAUGCCUCGUUCGCGCAGUUUGCGUGGCCCCUGCGGCAUGCGGUAUGCGUGUUUUUCUGUUGGUGUCGGCGGGGGGUGGUGCGCCAGCCACGGCGCCUCGCCGCCGUCCCCCCACCUGCUGCCGCCGCUGCGGGGAGCAGCGACCGCCUGGAGCGCGCAGCCCUGCCUCUUAUGAAGAAGAAGCAGCAAGCAGCGGCGUGA